UGGGUAGGAAAAAUACUGAAUUAGGUUUCGCGGUCCUUCUCCUUCACACAAAAACACUAUUCUGUAGAGAAAGUUCAAUUCCAUGAACCCGAGAUAACGCAAUCAUGGAUCCCUCAACACCCUACGCUUACAUUCAAUCCAUUCAGGACCCAGAUGUACCCCUACCAGAGUUUUACUAUCGACCUCCAGACCCUCUCAUGUCCUCCAAUUGCUUCCAAACGACAUCCAGCCAGAGGCCUGAAGCAGAAAUCAAGAAUUGUGAUACUGCAACUGCAAGAAAGGUUCAGAAGGCUGACCGCGAGAAACUGAGAAGGGACAGACUAAAUGAACAGUUUCUUGAAUUGGGAAAUGCAAUUGAUCCGGACAGGCCCAAGAAUGACAAAGCAGCCAUUCUAGCUGAUACAAUUCAGGCUUUUAAGGAUUUGACGGCUCAAGUUGAUAAACUUAAAGCUGAGCAUGCAAUUCUGAUUGAAGAAUCUCGCGAGUUGACACAGGAGAAAAAUGAUCUCAAAGAAGAGAAGGCAUCUCUAAAAUCUGAUAUUGAGAACCUAAAUAUUCAGUGUCAGCAGAGAUGCAAGACCAUGUUCCCAUGGGCUCCCAUGGAUCACCCAGUUGUCAUGGCCCCACCUUCUUAUCCCUUUCCGCUGCCAAUGCCAAUGGCUCCAGGACCUAUUCCUAUGCAUCCAUCCAUGCAACCAUACCCCUUUUAUGGAAAUCAGAACCCUGGAGUCCUGCCUAACCCUUGUUCAACUUUCAUUCCUUUCAUGGCUCCUCCUAAUAUGCUGGUUGAACAGCGGUCAUCUCAAUAUGUCACUCCUCAUGUGCAACCAGGUGGUCACUCCCAUGUUACUGGCAAACAAGAUUCAAAUAACAAAUCCGGGGAAAGCAAGAAGGCAAGAAGUGGGGAUGCAGAUGAUGUCACCACAGAUCUGGAGUUGAAGACUCCUAAUUUUACCGGAGAUGAGGAUUUAUCAUCAGGACGAAGAAAAUCCAGGAAUUCAGUAAGAAGGGAAAACAGUGUUCAAGAAGGAAGUUGUUCUUCCUCUGGUAGCGUACAGGACAGUUCAUCCAAUAUCAUGGUUAAUGGGGAAAAGAAUGGCGUAGUCGGGGAGAAAUGAAACAAGUAGAAGAAAAGCGCCAUCUUUGUUCCAUGUUGGUGUGUCCUAUGAAGUAUUAUGGUUGUUAUUUAUUGUUGCACUGGAAGCUGUUUAAAGAUGACAUUUGAUUUUCUAUGACUUGAGAAUCACUUUGUAUAAUGAUCAAGGUGGGAUGAGGUGCUGCUAUGAAGCAAAAGCUGACUGCUGGAAUCUCUCUGCAGGAAAGUUGCAAGUGUGGCAAUGGAAGGACUUUUAGGAGGUUGAUGUGGACUCAUCAUCUCAAUCAUCUUCAGUGUCUGGGUUCACUGGAUUUGUACUAGUUUGGGCAGAAAGUUGGGAAGAAGAUGAGGAUAGAAGCCGUUUUUUCAGUUAUUAAGUGGACCAGCAAGAUGUUAUCUUAUCUUACUACAAUUAUUUCCCAAGUAGUUGUUGGGUGUGAUUUCCAAGAUCAAAGCCAUGAAAAUGAAAUCCCCAUCAUCACAUCCUCUUAACUUCUAUUUAAUGUAGCCAAAAUUUACCAUUUAUAUACAGUGUGAUGACCUUGAUCUAUCAUUGCUACCAACUUCUGCCAGAUGUCCAUGUGUUAUUAAUGAUAAAAAUCCCAAAAGUUGGUAUUCCA